UCAAGCAGAUUACAGUGUGCAGCGUCGUACUGGCUGCACUCUAUCAAAAUACCUGGUGUGAUUGUCUGACGGAGAUACAAAUAUUCUGCGCCUUUCUAGCUUUGUCUUUGCCUCCUUUCAGCAGGUGGUUAUGUAUGGUGGAGGAGGGGUCAAGAUUCUUACUAUGUGCAGUCCCAAUGAUCCUCAAGGAGAGGCAACAAAUGAAUGGUAUAAUUUGGCCUUUUGUCUUUCUUGUGACCAUGGCUACGUCGACGUCUUUGGGAUGCUGGAAACUGACUCAAUACAUUAACGUUGGCACGUCUUUGAGAGCAGAUUCAAGUGAUACCUAACUGAUUGGCCAUAGCGGUAUGAACCGCCACAGAUCUGCAGCAUUGUGUGCAAUCAUUUUUCUUGUUUCAAUACCUGGAUUUGUAUGGUGGAGAAGUGAUCAAUAUCUGGACAUUGGGGAACUGUCCAUGUCUAGUGAUGGAAAGCAAUUCUCGUUUAACAAGAUACCUCGGCCAGCUACUCAAUCUGAAAACAGCGGAAAACCACUUCAGUACUUCAGACAGAUUGGAAGAAUGUCAACCUUUUUCUUAACUGCUUUUGCAGUAAAUGACCGACCAAUAAAGGGUCGUUUGAACAUCAUCAUAAACACCUUUGAUGGCGCCCAUGUGACCUUGAAGUGCUGCAUCAUACUGAGCAACCACACGUUGUUGAUAACCAAUGCAUCGGAACCAUACAAGAUGCCAGGUGGAGGCCAUUACCACGCUACACAAUACACUUGUUCAUUACCGCUUGGGACAGAUGUGGAACAGAUGUCCCUGACGUCGUCCUCGUGCAGCCAUGACGUACAGGAUUAUAUUCCAGUGAAGAGACCAGUCCAACGACCAGGAGGUUUAGCUCUGUGUGGGAAGACCUUAUUUGGAAAAGACCUGAGGCCUCAGCGAUUAGUGGAAUGGAUAGAAAUCCAAAAGCUACUGGGAGUUGACAAGAUUCUGAUAUUUGAUUUGGACAAUCCAGAAAGUAUACGAAAGAUAUUUCGGUAUUACUCCAAACAAGGAAUACUGGAAGUUCAGCCCUUCGAAUUACCAGGAAGAAUAGACGGUGUCGCCUAUCGGGAUCUGUAUAAACACCGCCAUGACCAUGAUGGGCAGUUUUUUCAAGAUGAGAGUUUUGUCCUGUUAGACUGCAGAGAGAGACUAUCGGGAUACAGCUGGGUGAUGGGUAUUGAUGCUGAUGAGAUCAUUCUUCCCAGGAAAAAUGUCACUUUGAAACCUUUCAUCAAGGAACUAACUGCCAAGCACCCACAGGCAGCAGGGUUCCACUUCUACAUCAUGUUCCACUACACCAGCCACGGCAAAACAAGGAACCAUUCUUCUGGCAUGGAACACUUAGAAUACUCCAGGUCAACCCCACCUCAAUGGAAGGCUUACAAGUACUUUUAUAUUCCCGACAGAGUGGUGAUUCCAUCGACUCAUGGGGUCAACGCCAAAGCCCCUUACACAGUACCUCGUGUGUCCCCAAGUGAUGGCGUUAUUCAUCACGUGCGUCUAUGCAUUCAUAAAGAGAGCGUCUGCUUCCCUCCAGACUCGGUUAUUGAUGAUUCUCUUCUGAGAUUUGAGGCCGAAUUGCCACAGAGAGUUAAACAGGCGAUGAAAGAAAUGGUGUAAUUGGUGCAUGUAUUUUCUUUACCUGAAUUCACUGAGUUGUAGAAGCUAGUAAUAAAAGAGAUAUAUUAUUACUGAUGCAAACGUCGUCUCUUUAGCCGGCAUGUGUAUACAAUCACUCAUUAAACAAUAGCAGGCAUAAUUUCCAUAAUUACUUGAAAACAGACCCUGAUAUCCCAAAUACCCCAUAUGGUGUAUCUGACAUAUCACCACACUUUUGGGCCAUUGGCUACUCACUAAAUGAAGGCGGAGUUGGCCGAUAACUGGGUCACCCUCACCCACUACAAUACGAGGGGUGUUCAUUAAACCACUUAGGGGUUAUCAUAUUUGGUUGAAAUUUCACAUGUGUAAUGAUACAUGUAUCUAUUGGUUAUGUCUGAAUUUGCAGCACCGAACUAUUAAUCUUA